UCCAAACGCUCCAAUUAUUAACCCCUUACUCUUACUCUUAUCUAUCUUCUCAGUCCCCUCUCUCUGCUCAGUCGAGCAGCUCAGCAAUGGUCAAACCACAGAGGCCACCCUCUGGCCGUACGAAUCUAGCUUCAUGCGUUGUGGCCACAAUAUUCUUGAUUUUCAUCAUCAUCGUUGUGUUGAUCGUCUUCUUCUCUGUGUUCAAGCCCAAAGAACCCAUAAUUUCAGUGAAUGCAGUGCAGCUUCCGAGCUUCGCAAUCUCCAAUGGCACCGUCAACUUCACAUUCUCGCAGUACGUGUCGGUGAAGAACCCUAACAAGGCGGAGUUCUCGCAUUACGACAGCACGCUUCAGCUGCUCUACGGUGGGAAUCAAGUGGGCUUCAUGUUCAUUCCCGCCGGGAAGAUCGGCUCCGGCCGGACCCAGUACAUGGCUGCCACCUUCGCGGUGGAGUCCUUCCCAUUGGGGGCGGUGCCGGAGUCCGUGGGACCCACGAUCACCGACGGCCUCGGAGGGUUCAGAAUCGGACCCAAUUUGGAGAUUGAGUCGAGGAUGGAAAUGGCGGGUAGGGUUAGGGUUCUGCACUUCUUCACGCACCAUGUGGAUGCCAGAGCUGUUUGUAGGGUUUCCAUUGCUGUGAGUGAUGGAUCUGUUUUAGGGUUUCACUGCUAGUUUAAUUUUUAUUUUAUUUUAUUUUUUGUGAUUUGGGUGUGGAAUUCUGAUGCCCAAUUUGGAUCCACAAGUGUAAAAAUUAAUUUUUGAAUUAAUUAUUAAUGUUGUGUUCCAUUUUUUUUUCCCAAA